AUGCCACGUAUUGCUGAUUCCGAUUCUGACGAUGAUACGCUUAAAAAACCCGCUCAAAGGGCCAAGGGUAAGGCUGGCAAGGUCAAGAAACAUGUUCGGAUCGAAGACGAUUACAACGAGGACGGCAAUUCCUUGAGCGAAGGUGAUGAAAACAUAUUCAGUGAGGACGAAGAGCGAGCCGAUAGUCGUCCAGCUAGCAGCAGAAAGAAGAAAAAAGUGGCUAAUACAAACCUUUUGGGAGCAAAUGGUGGUUAUGCAUGGGAAGAGGACAUUCAGAGAAGUUGGGACCUGGUCAAAGUGGACGAUGAGGGCAGCAUGGCGGCACUGGUAUCCAGUAUCAUUGAGGCACGCAAAAAGCGAGCCAGUAAUAAAAACAUGACCCCAUUCCAGCGUGGAAUCAUCAGAACUUUGAUACUUGUGCUGGAUUGCAGCGAUUCUAUGACCGAAAAGGAUUUGCGGCCAAACAGAUACGCCAUGACUAUCCAAUACGCACUGAACUUCGUACAUGAAUUUUUUGACCAAAACCCAAUCUCGCAAAUUGGCAUUGUGUGCAUGAGAAACGACCUUGCGCACCUAAUAAGUCAGGUCAGCGGAAACCCACAGGAUCACAUCGACGCUUUGAAGAACAUGCGGAAACAGGAGCCACAGGGAAACAGCUCGCUGCAAAACGCAUUAGAAAUGGCUCGUGGACUGCUACUGCACGUUCCGGCGCAUUGCACACGAGAAGUUCUCAUUGUGUUUGGCGCACUGUCCAGCACAGACCCGGGCGACAUACACCAGACUAUAGGAUCGCUCGUACAGGAACGCAUUCGCGUGCGGGUCAUUGGGCUGUCCGCCCAAGUGGCGGUGUGUAAAGAGCUCUGCAAGCAGACCAACUACGGUGACAAUUCGUUCUACGGUGUGAUCCUGAACGAGGUCCACUUCCGGGAUCUUUUCGCGGACGCUGUAACGCCUCUGCCGGUCAACAAGAUCAACAAGGGUUUCACCCUCGUCAAGAUGGGGUUCCCAACCCGGGUCUACGAAGACAUGCCGUCGUUUUGCACAUGUCACUCCAAGCUUAUGUAUGGUGGCUACUUCUGUCCCAACUGCAAAAGUAAAGUGUGCUCCCUGCCCACGGUGUGUCCCUGCUGCGAUCUAAUGCUGAUAUUGUCGACCCAUUUGGCGCGUUCCUACCACCAUCUAAUGCCGCUAAAAACGUUUCAAGAGGUCGGUGUGGCUGAGACUUUUCCCUCAGAGACGUGCUUCAGCUGCCAGAAACGCUUUCCUCGCCUGAAGAAUCACAAAUCACAUGAGCUGCUGACCAGUUCACGCUACCGUUGUGCUGACUGCCAUCGCGAUUUCUGCAUCGAUUGUGACGUAUUUAUCCACGAAAUUCUACACAACUGUCCUGGCUGCGAAUCUUCGCCCGAUGUAUGA